CCUCGCUCUCUCUUUCUCUCUCUAACCAGUCGCUGUUAAGUCGUCGUCUUCUCCAUUAAGUAAAAUUCUGUAUUUCUCUUUCUCUCUCUCUCUCUAACAGAAUAGGAAACUGAUGUGGCAGCGAUUUCUCUGAAACUCAGAAGAAACCGAAGGAAAAAUCUAAGACAGAAAAGCAAAAAAAGAUAAACAAUCAGCAUGUUCAAGUUGCACAAGAACAAGUCGCAGAAAUCUGGAGAGAAACUUACCUUCAACUUCUCUAACUUUCAUGCUCUUCAGGUGCCAAAAGGAUGGGACAAGCUUUCCGUAUCUAUUGUCUCAGUCGAAACAGGGAAAACUGUUGCAAAAUCAGGGAAAGCAUCAGUGCGUAAUGGCAAUUGUAGGUGGACAGAGACUUUAUCUGAGUCCAUUUGGAUUCCGGGAGAUGAUACUACAGGAGUGACUGAAGAAUAUCUCUUUAAGUUCCUUGUUUUUAUGGGAUCAUCCAGGUCUGGUAUCCUUGGAGAGGCUACUGUUAAUUUGGCCAGCUAUAUGAGUUCAAAAACUUCAGUUCCUCUGUCUUUACCAUUGGAAAAGUGCAACAAUGGGACUAUCUUACAAGUGAGUAUCCUUCACUUACUUCCAGCUAUGGCGGUAAUAAUUGCAGCUUCAUCCUACACCUUCAUUUGCUUUUCCCUCCUUUUAAUUAUUGUAGCUAAAAUGUUUAUAAUAUGUUUUUACACAAGAAGAUUGACGCUUUCUGGACAUGCAUUUGUCUAUUAUUCAAUUUCACAAUGCAUUAUGUUCUGUUAG